GUUUUUUCUGAAACCAAAGUGGUAUUUAAAUAGAUUUCAAGAAAAAUUAUUUUUUAGACUUAUUAGAGAAUCUGAAGACACCAUCUGCUAACAACUCUACAAUGGUUUUACUUAGAACUUGUGGUCUAUUGAUGGUCAUACUCUUGGCUCAAAGUGCAUACUGUAAGCCAUCCGAUUAUAUGGAGGAAGUUGAUGCUACCUUAAAUGAACUUAGAAAGAAAGGUACUUACUCAGAAAAGUUGACCUUAUUGAUAGCCGACCGUUUCAUCAACAUACCUAGAGGUCGUUCCGAUAAAGCAGUAAAAUGUUCUAAGGAUUUGUUGAGAGACACAACACUGUUGUCCAAUACGAACAGUGAAGUGGUGAACUUCAGAAGAAAUCUAACUCUGUUCGUCGACAAUUAUAAUAGAACUGAUAGUUUGCAAUCAAUUUAUGAAUCUUUGGCUAUUUUUAUGGAUACCACUAAACAUUAUGUUGAACUCCCCGCAGACAAGGCAACAGCAGAAUCACGAUUAAUUAUUGAACAACUGGAGAAAUACAAUUGCAAAUCUGUAGCUAUGAAACUGAUUAGAGAGUUUGAUUCAUUCUUCGUUGACUUUAAUAGAUUGUUUGAAGAGGGCAAAAGGAAAAACGAUUUGUCACAGGCUCAAUUGGAUUGGUAUGCUAAAUUUGUAAAAUUAAACAAUUUGAAGGAUAAAAUGGUUGAUAUUAUUGUGUUUAUGUAUCUCUGAACUUAUUUUCAAUAUUAUUUUGUGAGUUGAAGAUUUUAAAUCGAAUAAAAAGUUGAUGCAAAUAUGAAAAAAUAAAAAAAA